AUGAGUGAGGAGCACAAGGAUCAAGGAAAGGGAAAGCCUGACCACGCCACAAACCGACACGAGCCAACCAAGAACGAUCGCAAGCCGAACAAUCCGUCGUAUGGAGAGCGUAAGGGCGGCCACGGCAAGGGUGGCGAGAACCAGACCGAUCCUCGUUCUCGCAUGCGCGGCGAUCAAAACGACCGUACCGCUAAGCAGGAGGAAUGGGAGAGACAGAGGCAGGAGCGCUUUGAUGAAAAGCAGAAGGAGAUAGAGGAUAUGAAUGCAGAGAAUGAGGGGCGCCUGACCUACGCCAAAUUCAAGGAGAGUAAUGCGAUGUUCAGCGUUACUGCUGCGUCAGCUGUCAAGAUCGAAAAGCAUGGAAAGCUCCCGGCAGAUCUCAUGGAGCUCCUCAACAAGCGCCCCCCGAAGCGCAAGGAACACAUUUUGGGCGGCUGUGUCAUCAAGCCAGAGUAA